GUCAGGCCAAUUGUCAAAUGACUUCAAAACAUAACCUCUAGAAAUGUUUAAGAACAUGAAGAAAAAUGUAUUAAAUUAUAGAAAUGGUAUUAUAAAAUGGCAUUGUUUGAAUUGUGUCCGUGCAAAAAGUUCCGCUCAACCCAAAACUAAGACAUAUUCACACACAAUUCUUACGCCUAACACAAAUUUUCCGGUUCGUGCAAGUAACUCAAUAAAAGAGCGGAUUUACGAGACUGCCCAAUUCUCUGCCCUCUAUAAUUGGCAAAGGACAAAUCUGAAAGGUCCAGAAUAUGUUUUGCACGAUGGACCACCCUAUGCGAAUGGAGAUUUACAUAUGGGGCAUGCUGUAAAUAAGAUAAUAAAAGACAUAAAUAACCGCAGUCAAAUAUUAAAAGGUAAUAGAGUGCACUACGUCCCAGGAUGGGAUUGUCACGGUCUACCCAUAGAACUGAAAGCCUUGCAAAAAGCAAGAAAGGCAUCGAAAGACACAAAUUUUACCGAUCCGGUAAAUGUACGUAACAUUGCCAGAAAAUUCGCUCUAGAGACUGUAGAGAAUCAGAAAAAAGCGUUCAGAAGCUGGGGUGUGAUGGCUGAUUGGGAAAAACAAUGCUAUUUGACAUUAAAUAAGGAUUAUGUACAAAGCCAGUUGAGGUUAUUCUAUGAUAUGUAUGAAAAGGGUUAUAUUUACCGUGCCCUAAAACCUGUUUAUUGGUCACCUUCUUCAAAGACAGCAUUAGCCGAAGCCGAGCUGGAGUAUGACUCUCAACACAAGAGUUGUGAGGUGUAUGUGGCAUUCAAUGUGGACAAGCCUCCGGAAAUUUUACAUGAUAAGCUUAAUGGUAAGCCAUUAUCAGCAAUCAUUUGGACAACCACUCCGUGGACAUUAGUAGCCAAUCGUGCGGUAUGCUAUAAUCCUCAAAUGAAAUACUCAAUAGUGGAACUAUCCAGUAGACCUGGCGACUUGUACCUAGUUGGUAGCGGGCUGAUUGAAGACCUGGAGAAGGUGUUAGGAGUCGAGAUCAAGAGAUUUAUGGAGUUUCAAGGUGAUAAAAUAGCAGGUGCCACGUACAGGAACAGGUUGGUGGAGGGCUCCCUGCCGUUCCUAGAGGGGGACCACGUGACGGACGCCAAGGGUACCGGCUUGGUCCACACUGCGCCCGCACACGGCCCUGAGGACUUCCUCGUCGCUCUCAAGUAUAACAUGGAUGUGGAAUGCAACGUUGACGAAUUAGGUAAGUACACCAACCUGGAUCCAGGUCUCGACGGCCUCCCAGUCCUGGGCGAGGGUCAGGAGGCGGUGAUCACCAGGCUGGCGGAGUCGGUGAUCCACCGGGGGGUGUACGUCCACUCUUACCCGCUCGACUGGCGGACCAAGAAGCCAGUUAUCGUCAGGGCAAGCCGCCAGUGGUUUAUCGACACCGCACGGUUGAAAGAGAAGGCACUGGCGGCGUUAGGCUCGGUGGCGAUCUUGCCCCCGUCCAGCAGCCCGCAGUCUCGGCUCGGCUUCCGCUCGCAGCUGGAGAAGCGACCUUACUGGUGCAUAUCGCGGCAACGGGCCUGGGGCGUGCCGGUACCCGCGUUGUACGCAAACAGUGACGUCAUAGUGCACAGGAGUGUUAUUGAGAAGCUGUGUGAUCUUAUAGAAACUCAAGGCACUGAUGUGUGGUGGACGUGUGAUGUGAAGCAACUUCUUACUGAUGAUGUCAUUAAAGAAUAUAAUAUAGAGAACGAAGAUGUAUGUAAAGGAAAGGAUAUAAUGGACAUAUGGUUGGAUUCUGGACUAUCUUGGAGCACUCUAGGCGGCAGGACGGCGGACCUUUACUCCGAGGGUGUGGACCAGCUCACGGGCUGGUUCCAGGCCUCUCUGCUCACAUCCCUGGCUUUGAACGACGCCCCGCCUUAUAAGUAA